AUGGGGCCGUCCAGGAAGAAGGAUCAUUGGACCCUGCUGAGCGUGUCCCUGUUGAACUGCCUCCUGUCCACAGCGUGCAGCGUGGGGCUGGCACUGGCCAUCGCCCUCACCGUUCACAGCCGGGGCAUGCACCUUGUCAGGGGCUGCGACAGCUCCGCGCUGCCUGCCGACGCCCGUCGGCUGUCUGCAGUGGACAACGCUCCCUGAGGUACCGCCGACUCUGCUCUGCAGGACACAGCGCUGGCGCUCUGGUUCCCCUCCAUGGUGCUGGCGGCUGCAGAAGCUGUGCUGUCUGGCAGGUGCUGUUUGGUGGCCCUGAUCUUCCGGGGCAUUGGGCCCUGUGCACGCCGCUAUGGCAAAGAGCAGCUGUCUGGGCCAAGUACGGUGAAAGAGAGUCCACCACGUGAGAUGCAGCAGCUCCUGGCAGGGCUGGCUGAGUCUUGUCCCUAG